CGUCAUCUCAGAGCUUCUCAUUAAAGGACAUAUCGUGCACAUAUCGUAGACAUCUCAUUAAAUUCAUUAAAGGGCGUUUCGGGGUCUUAAAUCGUCGAAGCGCAGCGUUUUCACCUUAGGAAGAUGUGGAAGUCAGCGGUGGGCCACAAUGUCAACGUGAAGGUGGCUUCAGGGGGGGAUGACUGGGAGACGGACCCUGACUUUGAGAAUAACGUAUCGGAGCAGGAGCAAAGGUGGGGGUCCAAGACCAUCGAGGGGUCGGGGCGAAAAGAGCACAUCAGUGUUACAGAGCUCCGGCAGAAGGUGUCUCAGGAACACGAGAAGGUGAAGGAGAAGGAACAAGCCCAGGCUCCCAAAGCCUCCUAUGGCUAUGGAGGCAAGUUUGGAGUGGAGAAGGACCGCAUGGACAAGGGGGCUUUGGGACAUGACUAUGUUUCCCAAGUCGAGAAGCAUUCUUCCCAGAAAGACGCAGCGGUGGGGUUCGGUGGGAAAUUCGGUGUUCAGAAAGACCGUGUCGACAAGUCCGCCAUGAGCUUCGCAUACAAGGGGCAGGUGGAACAGCACACAUCUCAGACAGAUUACGCCAGGGGAUUUGGGGGAAAAUAUGGGGUGGAGAAGGAAAAGGUGGACAAGGUUGCCCUCGGGUAUGACUACAAAGGCGAGAUGGAGAAGCACCAGUCACAGAGAGAUUAUUCCAAGGGAUUCGGGGGCAAGUUUGGUGUUGAGAAGGACAAAGUCGAUAAAGCGGCCUUAGGCUACGACUAUAAGGGAGAGACUGAGAAACACCAGUCACAGAAAGAUUAUUCAAAAGGUUUCGGAGGUCGGUAUGGAGUACAGGCAGACCACAUGGAUAAAAGCGCAGCUGGCUUCUCGGACAUGGAGUCCCCGACGUCUGCUUAUGAAAAGACACAGCCACUGGAGGCUUCUAGUGCAGGUGCGGGGAACCUUAAGGCCCGUUUUGAGAACAUGGCGAAGGCAUCAGAUGAAGAGAACAGAAAGAAGGUAGAAGAGAGAGCCAGGAGACAGGCCAGAGAGAAGAGAGAGAAGGAACAGGCCGUACGCAAACAACAGGAACAGAGUAAAGAGGAAAAGUCGUGUCCGCCACCCAUUCCAGACAUGACUCCCGAGUCUUCGACCACACCAGCAGAAUCCUUCAGGCCAUUGCCUGAAAUACCACCAGAAGAAUACCAGCCGCCCGAGGAGGAACCAGUCUAUGAAGAGCCCCCAUCUUUGCCCCCACGCUUAGACCAUUUACUGGAUGAAGUCCCGGAACAGCCGUUACCUGAGCCACAGGAGGAGGGAGUGGUGGAAGCAGAGGAAGAUGACGGAGAGUAUGAAGACAUCGCUGCACCGCCCCCUGACCCCAAUCAGUUGACAGAAUAUGAAGACCUUCUACAGUAUGGCCAGACUGCAGUGGCGAUCUAUGACUACCAGGGAGAGGCGGAUGACGAGAUCUCCUUCAACCCAGAUGAUGUCAUCACACACAUAGAGAUGGUGGAUGAGGGCUGGUGGAGGGGACAGUGCCACGGACAAGUUGGUCUUUUCCCUGCGGCCUUUGUGAGGCUGACACAGUGAGCGUCACAAAAACAUCCCGUUGCUCAUUAGCUCAAAAAGUUAAGGUGUCUCCUUUAGCUUGGGAAAUUUUUUGCACAACACACAAGCAAGUCACCUGUGGAGGGUUUUAAAGGUUGCAAUGUAUAGCAUAGAAUGGGAGAAUAAAUCCUAUCUUGCGCUAAAUGUUUUGUAAUCAGCGGAUGAGGGUCCUUUUUGUCACUGAGUGAUAAAACUGUUUUAGGAAGAGAUUUGCUGUAAUCAAUGUAUGAAGGUAAAUACAUUAUUUACAUAGUAAUAUCUAGAGUUAAAAAUGCAGAGAGCUUUGUUGGCAGUUUUAUUUUACACUUCCGUGCAAUCUCCAUUUCCAAAGUGAAAUUAUAACUGCUUUGCUUUGUCUGGAAAACAAUGUGACUCAAUAAAAUAUUUUGCCAAAAAACAUGUUUUUCACUAGAUAUUAUAUAUCACCGAGGACAUUUGGUCAUUGAAGUGGCAAACAUACCUACACAAUCGGAGGAAACACACUGGACCAAAGCAAUUGAAGGAAUCAGUUUUUCUGAAUCUUUGACUGAUUUGAUUGACUCACUUAGCAGAGAACACUAUAGAUGAACUGCCUCCAUUGCCAUAGAACAAUAAGCUACUCUGGGGCCAUUCGCAUAAUGUUGACCUUGACUUGAUGCUCCUUGUGCUAAAAAUCGUAAUCAAAAGGAAUUUCUAUUGAAUUAUAGCAGUGAA